AUGGCUGGACCCCCGAGCAAACCUGCCCCCAGGACGCCAUCCAAGGGCGCAAUCUCAAGGUGGUCGCCAAUGAUUGGCCCCUGCAGCCAUAUGUGUUCAAGCGCGCCCCCCCGCAGGGCGUGCCAACUCCGCGGGUGCCUGCCAAACAUGCCUAUGACUCCGGCCAUGUCCUGGCGCCGCCCAGGCCGCGGCGCGCCAGUGCUGAUGCCGUUGCUGGCGUUGCUGUUGCCGCUGGGAUCGCUCGGGGCUCGAUCGCCAGGCGGCGACGGAGGCGACACCGAGCUGAUGCCCGAGAUGAUGGCAGCGGAGCAUGUCGGCGGCGAGAACCGAGCAUCGCCAGGCGGCGGCGGAGGCGACACUGAGCUGAUGCACGAGAUGAUGGCAGCGGAGCAGGAGGGCGGAGGGGCCAACGCCACGGGCCGCGGGCCUCCCCGUGCGCGCGGCCCGCCCGAGGGGGCGCCCGGGGCCUCGCCCGUGCAGGCGCAGCCGCUGGCCUGGCAGGUGCUGGCGGCGGGAGCCUUCGCCCUGGCGGUCUGUCGCCUGGGCUGGCUGCUGCAGGCCGACUGGUACCCCAGCGACGGGCUUGCCGCGCUGAAGCCGCCCAAGCUCGGCCUUGGAGGCGCAGUCGCCGAGCCGUCAUGGCCCGAGGGGUUCUAUCUCGCGUCGCUCGCCGGCCCCGCCGCUUGUGCUCGCGUCACGGCCUGUGUCGGCAACGAUCGCAAGGGGUGCGUCCACUAUGCCGGGUGCUCCGGCUGCUUGGUCCUGCUCGUGGGCGUGGCGUUCCUUGCUGCCCUUCUGGUCUGGGUCUUCGCCGCGGACGCGGUCCGCCCAGACGGUGUGCUGGCCCGGCGACCGGGGGCCUCCGAGGCAGUGCAGGCGGCCCUCUCGGUCUCAGACGGGCGUGGCCGGCCCGAGCAUGAGGCCACUGGCCCCUCUGCGGGAAAACGCUUGGCUUAG